AACACUUUAAGAGAGAGACGUAACGGAUCACUGCUUUAAUAGUUUCAGUAAUUACAUAAAUCAAAGUAAAAUAAAUUACAAGUGGAAACUUUAACCGUGCCACUAGUCCCCCAUUUUACCACAAAUUAUUAUAUCGGCUUACAAAUAUUAUAAAGUCUGCAUCCACAUUGAUUAACUCCGAGAUUUUAUUUUCUUUUUUUUAUUCGGUGAUUAGCUUAUACACACUCCUUCCCAAUUAGAUUUGGACAGAGAAAAGGUGUUCUACGAUUUUGUCGGAAUCUCAAAUAGAAAAGAUCAUGGUUCUCAAACCUUGCUCAGAGACCGAGAGAGAUUCGAGCAACUUGGAGGAGGCUUCGAUGGAAGCAUCUUCAGUGAUUCUCAAACCUUGCGAGGGCGUGACGGCGAGGGAAGGGUGUUCCACCGAGUUGGAGGGGGAGGCCAUGGAGGUUUCUUUGAUCGUUGAAGAUUCGCGCCAAAGAAAGCGUAAGGCCGAGCUCGAUCCAGAGAAUGUCGAAGAGGAAGAGGAAGAGAGCGAUGGUAAGAUUGAAGAAGACAGGAUUGAGGAGGGAGAGGAUGCUGAUGAAGACAAAUGUUAACAUAGUCUUACGUGGACUUAACGGAUGAUGACGUAGAUUUACAAUCCCAAAACCACAACGUUUUAUUAAAAAGAAUAUUCAUUUAAAUUUGAUUUAGAGGGGCUGGGUUCUCACAAUAACUCAUCCCCUACCCGACCACUCUGCCACAUAUACAUCAUUGGUUUAAUGCAUCAUAUAUACAUAUUUA